UCCCAUUAGUCCUCGGCGGCUUCCAAUCAGCGUGAAGUUGUGGGAUUCAAAUUGAGACGGGAGGAGGCGGGUUGGUUCUGGGCGAAGCAGCCAGUUGCUGGUGCGCGCUGCCUCGGAGGCGGAGGGCGGUUUCGUGGCGGAGAGGGGGCGUCUGGCACCGUCGCCAUAGUCGUCGUCAUGGCCCACAAGCAGAUCUAUUAUUCGGACAAAUACUUCGACGAGAACUACGAAUACCGACAUGUGAUGUUGCCAAGAGAGCUCUCAAAGCAAGUACCAAAAACUCAUUUAAUGACUGAAGAAGAAUGGAGAAGGCUUGGUGUUCAGCAGAGCCUUGGCUGGGUCCACUAUAUGAUUCAUGAACCAGAACCACAUAUCCUCCUCUUUAGAAGACCACUUCCAAAAGGACAGCAGAAAUGAAUGACUUCUCUAACUUCUGGAACGUUAUAUAAAAUUGUAAAUAUGUUGGUAGUAUUCAGUGAAUACUUGAGAAUGUACAAAUAAAUCAUUAUCUGUGCAUGAGCUGUAUUAUUCACAGCAACAGAGCUCAGUAAAAUGCAAAGUAGGCUGCUAAGGUCUUGAACUCUAUUGUUAACAAGUGCCUAUUUGAUAUUUUCAAUUUUGUUCAAUAAAGUUUACAAUUUACAUGUAACGUAUUGGGUAUAAUAAUCUUCAAAGAUCUAUUUCUUUUAUUCUAUAAGGGUUGGAGCAAUAUAUCCUGUGGCUUUUCAGCUGUUAAAAUAGGUCUGAUAAAAUAAACAUUUUUAUGGUAGAUUCUUUUGUAUGCAUUUCAUAGCCUUUGUUUAUGUUGCUCAUAAUAUCUCUGUAAAAAAGUUAUGUUAAAAACUAUCCAUUCAGACCUACUGAUAAUGAAGUACUGAAGAAAAUGCAUAAUAUAAUACUAAUAAACAGCAGGAUAUUCACAGUAGUCACCUCAGCCUGCAAUGUAUUGGAUAUAUCAAUUUGGAAUGUAAAUAUUUACUAGGAAAAAGGGCAUACAGGAAAGCUAGACCUUAGGUAAUGCCCAUAUGCAAAUAUGCCAACUUUAAGAAGCCAAACUGAUUAUUAGUUCUCACUGUGAGCAGCAAAAUUGCCAACAGGAUUUUUAGAAAGAUAGUGCCGGUAUUUGUAAAAACUUUACAGCAUUAUUCACAUUGCUAAAUCUAUUCUGUGAUGUAAUUUUUCCUGCCUUUCUUUGUUGCAAUGCUGGAUACAUGGAACAAGGCUCACAUUAAAAUGUA